CUAGUCGACAGCUGUCAAAUCUGUAUUGUUUUGCAAUUUUUCAUUAUAUUUUUCAGACUUGUUUCAUAUUCGUACAGUACAUAUUGUAAGAAAUAUAAAGUAAAAAUAAAUACAUAUGGUUUUUAAAAGAUGUCAUCCACACAGACUGAUUGUCUGAAUGAUACCGUGGCAGUGUUAAUAGAUGCUAUAGGUGAUAACGAAAAUUCUGUUAACAAUGUAGUCAUCAAAUCUUUGACAAAAAUAGCGAAUUCGUAUCCCAAUGAAUUUAUUGAGAUAUUUUGUGAAUUCUAUAAGAAUGCGGUAAAAGUAAACACCACGCAGUUGGGAAAUAUCAUAAAAGUCCUUGAACAAACAUGUGUAAAUCAAGUGAAAAGGCUUGAACCAUCAACAGCAUCACAACUCGUCAACUCUAUGCUCCGUGCCAUGACUGAGAGUAUUAAUUAUGAGCCGGUGGUACAAAUGGGUGCCUCCUCCGUAUUGGUGGCUGUCAGUCAUGAAAACCUUGAUUUGAUACUCCGGUCUCUCAUCAACCAGUUGUCUCCCGCGUCAGUGCCCCACUACACCAUAGCCCACACGCUGGGCACAUUGGCUGCAGUCAAUACACACGGGCUUGUGCCGCAUGUAAAAGAGAUCCUUGGCAAAAUGCUACCUCUCCUGUCCUUGAUCAAGCAGGAUGGUGUAAAGCAGGCCUUUGCUUACGCAUUUGGCCAUUUUGCAGUCGCCGUAUCAGAGCAAAUAGGAGACAACGUCGCUAACGACAACAUAACAUCCAUAAAGGAUAAUUUUGUCACGGAAUUCUCUAUUAUAUUUGAUGUACUGUACAACCAGUGGCUCCCAUCCAACGAACAUAAAGUUUCAGAGUCUGUUUUGGAAGCUCUUGGUCCUAUUACCAGACUCAUACCAGAGAGACAAUUUAACGAGACCGUUAACAAAUUCGUAAUAUCAUUAUUGUCGUUGUAUAGAAAACCAACGAUAAACUUCUACUGCAUCAGUCAAUGCAUCUCGUAUUUGUUGUCACCAUCGCCUUUAAAUCCAAAGUUAAGUUUGACUGACAGUGUAAUCAACUCUAUUAAUCAUAUUCUAUUCAACCUCGUCCUCUUAGAGCCUGAUUUUGACCAGCCACAGACAGUUAAAAAUCAUUUUGAAGUAUUAAGAUGUUUCGACCAUAUGGCUGGUCAAUUCCCUGAUCAAACAAUAGAAAGUCUUUUACACCAAUGCAAAAAUAAUCAAGAAAAAGAUAGAAUGAAAGCUGUAAUAAUACUUACUCAUUUGACAACUUCCUCCCAGUUGUUCAUAGAUGUUUACGCGAUUAAAUUCAUAGUUCUAUUAAAAGUUAUGACUACAAUGGAGCAAGGGUUGAAGAUGAAGAAGCUGUUAGUCAAAGCAAUAGUAGGUUUAAUAUAUAGGAACUGCAUUACGACCCCUGAAGAUUUUACUAUGGUCGAGUUCAUAAUAAAACAUUGCAGUUUCGAAGGUUCAGCUAAUGCUUCGAAGCAAGAGCUUACUGAUUUACAUGACACUUGUAGUUCUCUUAUACUCAUGUGCAAUACUGUGACCAUUGUGCGAACUCAGUUAAGAAAUCUAUUACUGACUGCUAUUACUGUUGAAGACUUCACGGCUUCGAUGUCCACAGUAUGUCAUUGCCUUACGUCAUUGUUACAAAAUAACUCUGAUAUAGUUGUAGAUGAAGAAGCUGAAAAGGCAGUUGAGUUGAAAUGUACUCCUGAUCAAGUAUUUGUCAGGUGCAUAACACAUAUUGUAGAACCAGAACAAGUAGAAAAGAAUAGGAACUUGCUAAUAUUCUUAGAAGAAUAUUCAGGAGACGUGCAUAAGAAUUUGAAGAAUUCUUGGACUGUAGAAAUUCAUAGAUUACUAAAGUUUGUUGAUAAAAGUGAAACAAAAGAACAGUGGCAUAGCAUGUUGUUGGAUCUUCUAGUUUCUGCUAUAGAACAAGUAAACAAUGAUAAAUGGGCGGAAGUUAUAUCUACUUUGAUAUCCCAACAAGUACUGUCUAAGAGACAAACGCCGAUGAUCAAAGGAGUUUCCUUGCAAUAUUUGGCUACCCUAUCGUGCCACAUAUCCAAUGCAGCGGUCGUUGAAAAUGUUUUAAAAAUAAUUUUACUUGCUCUUAAAUCCAUACCUAUGGAGAGUUCCGAAUACGUGAGCAAAGCGAUAGGAAUAGCUUCGAGACAGCAUGGCGAGUUCAUUAUAAAUGAACUAGAUGCUAUUUAUAAAGACAAUGAGUCAAAACGUGGUAGUAAGCUGUUGAAUUUCUUAUCUUCGAGAAAUUCUAAAAAUGAAUUAGAAUUAAACACAGUAAAAUACACGUUAAUCACGUGUUACGGUAAAGUGGCUGAAGAAUGCUUAGACGUCCAUGUUUUAGCGAGGUUAGGCGAGAACGUUACAUCAAUCUUGUACGAAAUAUUAAAAUCGGCACCACCAUUUAAUUUGUGUAAGGCGAGCGUCACUACGUUAUAUCACAUAAGCAAGGCAUUACAGCCGGCGGCACAUCAUAAUGUUUCUUUGAGAAACCGUUGGCAAUUGUUGAACGCUGUGUUGGAGCAAAUAUACAAUACUAACUUGGAAAGACGCAACGUCGAACUAUACCCGAUAAUAGUGAAGGCGUCCAAAGCGCUCACGAAACUGCAAAUAGGUAUUUUACCUGAGGAAAGAAACACGAUACUUCGAGUAUUGUUGAAUAGUAUCUUUGGAGAGUUAUCAUCCUUCAAAAAGAAGUAUGAAAUUGAAGGCAACGGGGAUAAAAAUGACCUCCUCGCUAAAACUUUAAACGAUAGUUUGACACUGCUUCAUCAACUAAUCAGGGAGCUAAUUAUUCAGUCGACAUGUUUGAGCACCAUUGAUGAUUUAAUAAGUUUAUUAAGUGAGUGGCUCCGCCACGAGAAUGAUGAGAUUCGGACAGCGUCAGCUCUUAUAUUACAGGUGAUUUUCGAGACUUACAUAAAAAAUGUCAAACUGAAUUACGAAACUCCGAGCAAAUUCGGGCAAAUGGGUUAUUUAUUAGGUCUGGUGGUACCGGGGGUCGCUGACAGCAAUUUCCCUGUGAGAUUGACAACUGUGGACUGUAUUAAGCUAAUAAUUCAAAUACAGGACCUUUACGAAGGCCACACAAUUGAAGCCAAUGACGAAUGCAUGUCUAGUCUUAAUCAUCUUCAGAACAAUAUUCUAACUAAUGACUUGAAUAUGAUCAGUGAUUACUGCGUUGAAUUAUGUGAUACAAUUUCGAUGAAAAUACCUCAUCAUCACAAUAUGCAGUUUAUUGAGAGUUUGUUGGAAGGAUACGAUAACAGGGAGUACAAGAGCGUUGGUAUCAGCGCCGUCCUUGAUGCAUUUUUUAUAAAGAAAGGACAGGAUUUAUUCCAAAGUAUAGAGAGAAUAUUAGAAGUGAUCUUGCACACGAUGGAAGAAGUGCGGGAAGAGUCCAGGAUAAAACUGAUGCGGCCACUUACGUCACUAACGCGGUACCAUUCGAACGCCGUGACUGCAGUGUUGCUGUCUCAGAAGUUACCUCUGAAAGAAUGCGUUGUGCUCUGCUGGCGGUACUUGGCUAAGGACGAGGGUCUGUCCACUGCAAUCUUAGACAACUUCCUUCGUUUGAUGACCUCCGUAGAGCUGUACGAGGAUCCUUAUCACAUCACCAACAACCACAUCGCCGCUCUCCAGCCUCUGACACUAAUAAGUGCAUUAGGAGAGAUGCUCCAAGAGGACAGCACAAAAUCCAUCUGCAUAGCUAAGUUCUCCGAACUGUUCUCUGUGUUGUACACGACCCUUGCGUGUUACAUAGAUGCAGAACCGCCCGCGUACAUAGUUCCAGCGAAUAAGGGGCAAGAGCGUUUUGGGUUCAUACCAAAUCGGGACGCUAUCAAACUGUCACCGGCCAGGAUCACUGUGAAUACGUUUUACACAUUUCUGGAUAGAGCCGGCUGUCACAAGGUGAAGGAAGCGUGCUCGCUGUGCCUGAGCAUCGAGCACGCGGACGGCUCCGGCUGGCUGGCGGAGCUGGCGCCGCUGCUGGGCGGGGCGCUGGCGCGCGCGUGCGCGGCGCAGCUGGCGCGGCUCGUGGCGCGCCUGGCGCAGUACGCGCGCGCCGCGCUGCCGCCGCAGCGAGCCGCCGCGCACGCCUUGCUUGCCGACUUGCUCAACUAUAGAUGCAACGAUCAAACGGACCUGAUAGAGACAGUGCUGGCUACUCUCAACACGGGCUGGAAGGACGAGGACGCGCGCGUGCGGGCGACGUGCCUGCGCGGCGCGGCGCACGUGGCGCGGCUGGCGCCGGCCGCGCGCCACCACGCGCUGCCCGCCGCGCUGCCGCUCAGCCAGGGCGUCGACGCCGCCUCCGCACAGUCUUCGACAGACAACGUCCCCUUAGCAGCGAUUCAAGGACUCAGCCGAUUGCUCACCGAGAUGGAUACAUUGGACAAGGAGUUCGAGCGUGAACUUCUCGCCAUAUCGCAGAAGAUACGUCCGUUUAUGAACACGGAAUGUUCUCAACUGAGAGAGAAUUCCAUACGGCUGUUUGGGAUUAUAGCGGGUCGGGUGCAGUCAGAGGCGCUCGUCGAGCAGGCGGUAUCGUCGCUGCCUUGCUUCCUGCUGCAUCUGUGUGAUCAUAACCCGGCAGUUGUGAGGGCAACGAAGUUUACAUUAAAACAAGUAUUUAAAACAUUCAAUGUCAAGAAGUCGAAUGACUUAGUCCAAACCCACUUAUUGGACGAAGGCAGGCUGUAUUUGGACGAAUUCCUCUCGGCGCUCCUGAGGCAACUAGCUGAUGAGAUGCCCGCCAGCGUGGUGAAGUGCCUGCAGACCGCUGUCAACUACCUGUACUGCGCGAGGGAGGAGAUGAAACCGCAUCCGCCUUUAUUGCUUGGUAUUCUCUACGCAGAACUGUACCGUAUCAGAGAAAAGAACGUAGAGGACACCGAAUUAGAUGCGGAGAUCACCCGCAGCGCUCGGACGAGGUUGCUCCAACUCAUCAAGGAUUCUAACCCGCUGGUGAGACAGAAUUCCGCCAUGGCUCUCGCCAACAUCUGCUUGGUUUGCGCCACCGGAUGACUGCAGAGCAAACGGCCCAAUAGGAUGAUCUUGAAGGUGGAUACUAUGAGCGGUAAAUAUAUACUGAGAGUCGAUAACAGAGCUGUGAAUGUACUGAGCAAAUAAUUGGCUACAUUUUAAUUUUAGGUACAAUUUAUCUUUUUGAAAAUACUAAUGAAAAAUUUAUAUAAAUUUCCUUUAAGGAACUUAUAUCCAAAUUGUAUAUAGAUGGACAUUUGUGUAGAAAUAAAUUUAGCAUUUGCACUGAUUAAUUAGCAAACGUGAAUGAUUUUUAAAGUAAAAUCAUGACCAAAAUAAUACGAUUAAGUGUUUAGAUCGUCAUAUGAAAUUUAUGAAUAAUCUCAGUAGAAAAGACAGUGCAAAAUAUAUUGUUUCUGGUAUGUCUAUGGUUAUUGGUUCUUUUUUUUUUAUUUUAGUAUUUUUAUUUAGAAACAUUACCAUGUUAAUUAGCACUGUGAUUGUUUUUAUGUGUUUCUUCAUAAAAUUAUAAUUACAUGAGUAUCAUAUAUAUUUUUGAAUUGCAGUAACACUUUUAUUACCAGUACUUUAUUAGUAAUACCAAUGUUUAGAAUAAUUACUAACUGUUAUAUAGAUGAUAUUAUAAUAUAUUAGAAACAUGAAUAAUUUUUUUUUACAUUUUUAAAACGAAAUAGCUAGAUUAUAUAAAGUAUAUCAAUAUUUUUCUUUUCUUAUUUCGUUCUUAUGAAAUUGCACAUAUUUGCAUUAACAAUUCUUAUAUCCAGGGUUGCCAGAUGAUUUUUUUUUUUAUUUUCUUCAAAUCGAAACCAUUUUUAGGACUUUUAUCAGAUUACAACCAAUUUUCUACAAAUUGAAUGGUGAAAAAAAAGAAAAAAUAACAUCCUUAUUAAUUUCUACUUUUACCUUAUUUUAACCUCUCCUCCUCUUAUUCAGUACCUUCGAUACCAUUUUUACUACAUUCAUUCACUAUAUUUUAUUGUAUUUAUAUACCUUGAUACAUUUUAAACUGUCCAAAAAAUUUGUCAAUUUUUUCCAAGAAUUUAAUUUCUCCAAAAUUCCACAUACAGAUUUUUUUUACCUAAAAUUACGAAAACAAUACUUAAUCUGGCAACACUGUGUAUAUCUUUACUUGUAUUUUAGUUUUCUUGUUAUAGACAUUGCUUGUAACAUUUAAGACUCGAACUUAGUAUUAAGACUGAUGAAAAUGUAUUAAAAUAAAUUCAAAUCCACAUUCAAAUACAACAUUGAGUUACCCUAUAGUUAUUGAUAUUACUUAUAAAUUAUAGAAAUAAGUGGGCAUUGUGUAUUAAAAAAAGUGUCAAUAUUUAAACUAAAAUGGCGAAUCGCUUCACUCAAGUAUAAUAAUAAUAAAUAUAUAAUUAAUAUCUGCAACGUUUUCAAAAAAAAAAAAAUUAAGGAAAUAAUGCUUACGAUUUCACGUAUGUUACAUUAUUUAAUCGACAAUAAUAUGCUUUCAAUAGUUAAGGCUAUAUUUGAAUUAAAACUUGGUAAAAUAUACCAUUUAUAGGAAGUUAGAUAUGCCAUCAUACCUACGCCAUGGGACGUUUGAUAUUUAUCUAAAGAUAUUGUAAAACGAUUCUAACAUAAUUAAAAACUGUGCAAUAAAAACUCUGAUAUAAAGUAUUAAUAUUCCAAAGUAUAAAAAAAAAAAAACAAAUUAAUCAAAAUAACUUUAAAAUUAUUAUUAUAUAUAAUUAACAAAAUAUAUUAGUUGUGUUGUAAAGCAUUAGAAGUUACAAGCUUACAAACAUUUAUAUUUGGUGAUAUUUAGUUAGUUAAGAACUAAGUGUAAGGAUUUAUUUGUGCCUAUGCGAACUGUUGUUGUGUCAUUUAGUGUCACUUAUCAAGUUUAUUGAAUUAAAAAUUUAAAUUAAUAUUUC